UGGGUACACUUACUGUAGUUUUGUACUUACAUAAGCCUCUAACCAAACAACGAUACCACGGCGAUGGGUGUGAAGGUAUGCCAGGUGGCCAGCUGCGAGAGCGCCACCCGUGAGAGGGAUGGGGUCACCUACUGGAUGUUCCCCAAGGUUACUAGUGAUGCACGCGGACCAGAGCGACAGGUGCAACGUGAGGAGUGGAUGGUACGUUGCUAUCGCACAUUCAAUCCCAAGUACCGCAGAAAUAAGCUUCUUAAGACCAGUGAACAGGUCAAGGAGGAGCACUGGGCCAAGAAGACGCUGUACAUGUGCAGCCGGCAUUUCGAAGAGGAGUUCAAAUACAUUGACUCCACGGGGGCGGUUAGGAAACACCCCGGCGCCUUGCCAACACUGCAUCUACGCAGAGAAGGUGAUUACGUACAGAUUCCGUUUGAAGUACAGGUCAAGCUCAAGCUAUUUGAGCGUGACAACGAAGUGGGCGGUGAUAGCAAGAAGCGGUUGAGUGAUAUACAGCAGGAGGCUGACUCUAUAGGCGGCUUGCUGACAUUAGGGGGUGCUUUACCCCAGGUGAGUAGUAACUCGAAAGCCAAUAGUAACCGUAUCACUAACGGUACUAAUAACAAGCGACAGAAGGUGUUCGAUUCGGCCGAGCACGAUCACAUAUACGACUUCCACCAGUUGUACUCUAACUUUGAUCAUUGGUUCGCGGGCGAGAUACAGCUGGCUAAGCGCUGGCAGAAGGGCCGGUGCAAAAGUGGAGAGUUCAUUAGUCUCUAUCGGGUGACCAACAAACAGACGGCUGUGAGCGUGCUGGAGUACAUAAAUAUAGAUAAGGAGCUUACACUGAUGCAUACAUUCCCAAAGUCGGUACAUAUGGCGGAUGCGAUCCUGUCGAGUCUGCAGUAUGAGACGGAGAAGGUGUGCCUGGUGAAGCGAUGGACAGUACUGAGGGCCACCAUGACCAGUCUGUCGUAACUGACGCUUCUAGUUAUAUAUACAUACAUACAUAC